AUGCCAGAGACGGAGAGGACUGGCGAAAGGAGACCGUCUACCUCGAAAGGCAACCGCCUGACCCAGUUCUUCUCUGCCUCGCCCAAGCCAAAGGAGCCGCAAACUGCCCACCAGGCCCUCAUGGCCAUGCAGAACGGCUCUGCUCGGUCCAUCACCGCUCCGAGCAUCUCGCUGCCAACCAUCUCGCUGUCCACUGCUACUGCCGGAGAACCCAAUAACGAUGAGCAGCCGACCACCCUCUUUCAGCCUCCCUCGUCCGAGGAGAUCACGGAGAAGAGGAAGGCCGAUGCCCAGUUCGGUCCCCUUAGCCACCCAAACCAUCGAUAUGUCAGCAUGCACCAUGGCGAGGCCCUGAAAGCUCCCAUCAUCGACGAGCCUCCCUAUUAUUUCGUCCUCACCACCUACAUCAGCUAUCUGCUUCUCAUCGCCCUCGGUCACGUCCGCGACUUCUUUGGAAAGAGAUUCAGCAAGAACCCUCUGUACAAGAGUGUCAAGCCGAUGAACGGAUAUGCGCCUCUGACCGACGAUUUCGACAGCUUCUACGUUCGGAGACUAAAGCUACGUAUCGACGAUUGCUUUGCUCGUCCCACCACUGGCGUUCCAGGUCGCUUCAUCACCCUCAUGGACCGAGUCUCCAGCGAUUUCAACCGCUCCUACAAGUUCACUGGCACCCACACUGAGACUCUCAACAUGAGCUCGUACAACUAUCUCGGUUUCGCUCAAUCAGACGGUCCUUGCGCCGAUGCCGUUGACGAAUGUGUCAAGAAGUACGGUCUCAGCUUCUGCAGUCCCCGUGGAGAUGCUGGUACCUCGGAUCUCGCAGUCGAGGUCGAGAAGGAAGUCGCCAAGUUCGUUGGCAAGCCCGCUGCCAUGGUUUUCUCCAUGGGUUUCGUCACAAACUCCAGCUCUUUCCCUGCUCUGGUCUCCAAGGGCUGUCUGAUCAUCUCCGACGAGCUCAACCACGCCUCCAUUCGCGUUGGCGUUCGUCUCUCUGGUGCUGUCGUUCGCUCGUUCAAGCACAACGAUAUGGACGAGCUAGAGAAGAAGCUGCGUGAAGCUAUUGCCCAAGGUCAACCUCGCACCCACCGCCCGUGGAAGAAGAUCUUGGUCGCCGUGGAAGGCCUCUACUCCAUGGAGGGUACCAUGUGCGAUCUGCCGGGGAUCCUUGCGCUCAAAGAUAUUUACAAGUUCUACCUGUUUGUCGACGAAGCUCACAGUAUUGGUGCCCUCGGGCCCAACGGACGCGGUGUCUGCGACUACUUCGGCAUUGACCCCAACAGAGUCGACAUCCUCAUGGGUACCCUGACCAAGUCCUUUGGUGCCAACGGUGGUUAUGUUGCAGCUGAGCCUCAUAUCAUUGCUAAGCUCAGAAGUGUCAACGCUGCCACCCAGUUGGGAGAGUCCCCUGCUCCUUCGGUGCUUAUGCAGAUUCUUGCUUCACUGAAGCUGAUUACGGGAGAACUCCAACCCGGCCAUGGUGAGGAGCGCUUGCAACGAAUUGCCUUUAACUCUCGGUACCUGCGACUGGGACUUAAGCGUCUUGGACUCAUCGUGUACGGCCAUGACGAUUCUCCCAUCAUCCCUGUUCCCUUGUACAACCCCGGUAAAAUGUCUGCUUUCAGCCACGAGAUGUUGAAGCGCAAGAUCUCCGUCGUCAUCGUCGGAUACCCCGCCACGCCCUUGAUCAGCUCCCGUGUGCGAUUCUGUGUCUCGGCCGCUCACAACAAGGAUGACAUGGACCGUCUCCUGGCAGCCUGCGAUGAAGUUGGUGAUAUUCUGCAGCUCAAGUUCUCGACUGGUAUCGCUGGUGGCCAGAAGCUUCCUCAGGGUAUCAACGCCGAGAACGAGGCUGAAUGGCGAAAGGAGAACGGCCUGGAGGAGUCAUACGAGGCGCCAAGGUGGCAGCUUGAGGAUGUCAUCGAACGCGGCGUCGCAGAUUCCAAACUCAAGUUGUUGUAG